GAGCUCUCAGGGGGUGGGAAGCCCGCCGUUGCCUGAUGAAUUAAAACGUUUCGCUGAACGGAGACACAUUUCCCUCUUUUAACCUUUUUCUCUCUCAAGAUUUAUUGAGUUCGCUUCAGUCGACCACUUUUACCAGGAUGACUCAGCAAGGCGCCGCUCUCCAGGCCUACAACAACGAACUUGUCAAGUGUAUCGAGGAGCUGUGCUCAAAGCAAGAGGAACUAAACCGACAGAUCCGUCAAGAGGAAGAUGAGAAGGAACGUCUGGAGCACGACAUCCGUGUUCUGUCUGAGAAACUGAGCCGGGUCAACGAGAGCCUGGCACGAAGACUCUCAGCGCGUACGACACUGGACCGCACCAUCGCUGAGACAGAAGCUGCCUACGCCAAGAUUUUAGAAAGUUCCCAAUCACUUCUGAGCGUUCUGAAGCAGGAAGCAGGAAACCUCAGCAAGGUCACGGAGCCUCAGAGGAGGGACCAUUAACGGCGAGGCGACGUCGGCAACCACAGAAAGACGUUUUUGCACAUUUAAGGACUCUUUUGUACCGCUUCUAAUGUUUUUUUCUUUCUCCAACAUAAUAAAUGUAUUUAACUCUCGUUUGGUGACAGAAUAAUAAAUAAGUCACUGACUCGUU